AUGUCUUUCCGCAAGAAGAAUGUCGUACUUGGCCAACAGGCCCGAGGCACAGUGAGGGAAGCCGGUGUCAAAAAGCAGGAAAUAUCGCCCGCAGUGGGAGUUCGCCCAUCACCCUUGGACGGGCGCUUCACAACCUCGACGGGCACCGGGUCACUAGAUCAACUGCUGGCAGGACACGCCGGGCUGCCUCUCGGGAGCAGCAUUUUAAUAGAGGAAUCUGGAACGACGGACUUUGCGGGUGUCCUUCUCAAGUACUAUGGCGCAGAAGGCCUCGUACAGGGUCAUCACGUUCAUGUGCUAGGUCCAACCGAAGCGUGGAAGGGUGAACUUCCUGGGCUUGGCAAAACAAGCAGCUCGCUUCGUGGCCAGCCAGCUUCGGUUUCGAACGAGAGAAUGAAAAUCGCCUGGAGAUAUGAGACUCUUAACGGCAACAAGACAGGCACAGCACGUCAAUUGACUGUUAAUGAAGAUGCAAGCCAAGGAAACGCCAACAUGACAGACAGCUUUUGCCACCAAUUCGACCUUUCGAAACGCUUACAACCCAGCGAUAUCAAGGCCAUGACCUGGCCCCAGUCUUCAGGAGGCGCCGACAUUCCGUCGCCCUUGGAUACAUUCAUUGCCAACCUCUCGGCGAAACUGAGGUCUUCGGCGCCGGACGCAAUUCAUCGAGUCCUAGUCCCAAGCCUAUUGUCGCCUGCGAUCUACGGCUCGUCUGUGUGCCGGCCUAAGGAUGCCUUGCAGUUCCUGCACAGGCUAAGAGCUUUACUGCGUCAAUACAGCGGAAGUUUGACAGCCGUAAUUUCGAUAUCAACAUCACUGUAUCCUCGCUCCAGCGGGCUCACUAGGUGGAUGGAGCUGCUUUGUGACAGUGCGUUAGAACUGUUACCGCUGCAGCGCAAGGUGCAUAUACAGCCGAAUGUCAGAUCCGAAGAUGUGGUCCAAGGCAUGCUCAAGGUCCACAGCCUUCCCGUUUAUCAUGAAAGAGGGGGGGGGCUGGAGGGUGGCUCAUCACAGGAGAAUCUCUCAUUCCGCUUGAGUAGCUCGAGCGGCCUGAUAUUCAAGCCCUAUAGCUUGCCACCGAUGCUGGAUGGGGAUGAAGGCAUGGGAUCAAACGAAACGAGGAAGAAAGGGGAAGAGCUUGACUUCUAA